GUCCCUUAUCCAUAACGCACGCACUGUAAUCCCAUUGACAAACUACAUCCUUAAAAUUGCUGUGCAAGACUCAGAUGUCCGAAACACAUUCACAGACAAUCGCCAAAAUUUCAAGUUUCUCUCUUUUUCCUUGUAAAUUUACAGGUACUCUCUAUACUUCUCUGCCUAGCUAGUUCUUUUGCAAAAUGAUAAUUCAUGAACAUUGAACGAAACCAUUGACAUGACAACAUUUUCCACUGAGCUUAUCUCUCACAAUUAUAGCUUUCCCUUCACUAGCAAACAUCUAAAACCUUCUUUACUUUCACUUCAAAGCAAUGUAGUUAGCUGCAUAAACCCUAACCAUAAUGCCACUAUCCACCACCUAGGAAACCAACCAAAAGUAAGGAGUGUUUUACCUGAAACAAGACCAGCCCUUGCUUUAUCUUAUGAUUUCGAAGAAACCCAUUUGAUGAGAUUGCUUAAUAGGUCUUGUAAAGCAGGCAAGUACAGUGAGUCCCUCUACUUUCUUGAGUGUAUGGUUGCUAAAGAUUAUCAACCUGAUGUUAUUUUGUGUACUAAGCUCAUUAAAGGGUUUUUUAAUUCAAGAAAUAUAGACAAGGCUACUAGGGUGAUGGGCAUUUUGGAGAAGUAUGGUAAACCUGAUGUUUUUGCUUAUAAUGCAGUCAUUAGUGGGUUUUGUAAGGCUAAUCGGAUUGAAAGUGCAAAAACAGUGCUUGAUAGGAUGAAAAGAAAGGGAUUUUCGCCGGAUGUUGUAACUCAUAAUAUAAUGAUUGGGACUUUUUGUAGUAAGGGAAAGAUUGAUUUGGCUUUAAAAGUUUUAGAAGAAUUGUUGAAAGAUAACAAUUGUAAGCCAACUCUUAUUACCUACACGAUUUUGAUAGAGGCGUACAUUCUUGAAGGUGGAAUUGAUGAAGCUUUGAAGCUUUUGGAUGAGAUGUUAUCAAGAGGGCUUGAACCAGAUACAUUUACUUACAAUGUAAUAACUAGGGGGCUGUGCAAAGAGGGGAAGGUUGAUCGAGCUUUUGAGUUUGUUAGGACCUUGAAUUCUAGGGGUUGUAAACCAGAUGUGAUUACAUAUAACAUAUUGUUACGAGCAUUGUUGAAUCAAGGGAAAUGGGAUGAAGGGGAGAAAUGGAUGAGUGAGAUAUUUUCAAGAGGUUGUGAGCCUAAUGUUGUUACAUAUAGCAUCUUGAUUAGCUCUCUGUGUCGUGAUGGGAAAAUUGAGGAAUCAGUGAACUUGGUGAAGGUUAUGAAGGAGAAGGGUUUGACUCCGGAUGCUUAUUGUUAUGAUCCAUUGAUUGCUGCUUUCUGUAGAGAGGGAAAAUUGGAUAUGGCAAUUGAGUUCUUGGAUUGCAUGAUCUCUGAUGGCUUUUUGCCAGAUAUUGUGAACUACAAUACAAUAAUGGCCGCUCUUUGUAAAAAUGGAAAUGGUGAUCAUGCUGUGGAAAUAUUUGGAAAGCUAGAUGAAGUGGGUUGUCCUCCAAAUGUCAGUUCUUAUAACACAAUGUUAAGUGCAUUGUGGAGUUCUGGAGACAGAUAUAGAGCCUUGGGAAUGAUAUCACAGAUGCUUAGCAAAGGAAUUGAUCCAGAUGUGAUAACUUAUAAUUCACUCAUUUCGUGUUUGUGCCGAGAUGGAAUGGUGGAUGAAGCUAUUGGGCUGUUGGCAGACAUGCUAAGUGGAAGGUUCCAGCCAAAUAUAGUCAGCUAUAAAACUGUUCUUCUUGGGUUAUGCAAAGCACAUAGAAUUGAUGAUGCUAUCGAAGUGCUAGCAGCAAUGAUUGAAAAUGGUUGCCAGCCAAAUGAAACUACUUACACGUUGUUGAUUGAAGGUAUUGGUUUCUCUGGAUCAAGAGCUCAAGCAAUGGAGUUGGCUAAUUCUCUUUACAUUAUGAAUGCUAUUUCUGAAGAUUCAUUCAAACGUUUGAACAAGACCUUCCCUUUGCUUGAUGUUUACAAAGGCUUCAUUUAUUCGAACUAGUUUCUGUUGUUCUUGGAUGGCUAAUGACCAUAUCAGAUGUUCUGAAAUCUGGUCUGUGUCUUCUUUGUAUGGCCUUAAACUUACAAGGAACAAAAGGCACUAAGGAUUUCUGCAACGAGACACCUGAUGUGUUGCAUAUUUUCAUGGUAUUUUGAGGAAAAAGCAUUUGUCACUGGUUUGUUGAGACACAACAUUAGAAUCCACAGUCGCAGAAGUGACCUGUCAGGUACAACAUAAGAGCUUGAGCCUUGAGGUGAUCUUCUGUAUUCUUUGGACGAACCUGCCACAUUCUACCUUUAACGCCAGUAAUUUGAAGAGAAGAUCCAUGUCUUGAAGAAAGAAUACAAGAGAGCAAUACUGUAAAUUGUAACAUGUGUAGAUUUCUCAUUCUGUACUCAACAGGGGAUUUUUACAGAAUGUGCUGGUUACAAGCUUAAGCAUUUGUUCUUCGAACUUGUACCUGAUUUUUCUUAUUAUCCUAUCAGGAGGAAACUCGAUAGGUUCCUAGUCCUUGUUUCUAUUUUACCCAUUUAAAUAACAUGUUUGUAUACAUGAUGAGCAA